GACCUCGAGUAUGCUCAUGCCGCGAUCUGCUCGCCUGAAGUUCUCUGCCUCUUUACCGACGAAUUCGACUGGCAGGAUCUGCACACGGACUACAUCCCCGGCGUCUUGUACUCGGAGAUCUUGAGCUACCAGCUCUUUGCCUACAUCGUCACCGAAGGGUACUCCGGGCGGUUGACUAGCUUGCAUCAGUACGCGACGGUGAGCAUGGACGUGAUCCGGCGGUGGAGCUACCCGCUCGUGCCGGACGUCAAUCUCUUCUGCGACACUACGUACGAGUAUCUUCACCCCGGAGUGUACAAGGAGGCGAAUGUCUCGCUCGCUCAAAGCUGCAUCAUCGGGAUGGACACAGUCAUCGGGUCAAAGACUGUCGUGGGGGAGGGAGCGAAGAUCGACCGGUCGGUCAUCGGUCGGUCGUGUGUCAUCGGAGACGGGGCGGUGCUGGAAGGCUGCUUCCUGUUCGCAAACGUCAAGAUCGGCGCCGGAGCGAUUCUCCGCGACUGCUUGCUGGCAGAUGACGUGGAGGUCGGAGAGAAGGCAGUGAUAGAGAAGAACUGCAUCCUCGGGGGGAACGUCAAGAUCAGCAGCAACGUCACCGUGCGCGAAGGGACCCGCGUCACUGUGGCUGAGCGACCCUGCGAUGCUGGCGAUGAUGACGACGACUUCGGUGAUGACGAUGAGACAGUGCAGGACAAGGUGGAGAGCAAGAAGACCACAGACUUGGAACUGGUGGGAGCUGACGGGCGAGGAAGGAAGUGGGAAGCAGGAGAGGACGAGCAGGAAGCGCUGAUCGCUCCUCUUGUGAUGGAGAAGCUGUUCGACUCCGACAACUCCGACGAGGAGGAGGAUGAGAGUGACUCUGAGGAUGAGGGAGGAGGAGCCUGUCAGUCUGCUGCCUCCUUCGAGCGAGAGGUGGAGGACAUCGUUCGUCGAGGGGUCGAGGAGGGAGUGUUGCCGGAGAACAUCUCCAUGGAGGUGAACGGAAGGAAGUUCGCGCACGACAAGACCUUCGCUGACUGCAGCUGCAUCAUCUUCGUCACGAUCCUCAACACCAUGACCGUGACGUCAUCGAGGAAGGAGGCCUUCGCCAACGCCGUCAAGCUGAUCAAGACUUGGAAGCCGCUGCUGUCAAAGUUCGCGAGGUCCGUCAACGAUCAGAAGGAGACCAUGGUCGCGCUCGAGAGCUUUGUGUCUCAACCCGACUGGAAGGGGCACAAGCUGAUGAUGCCCAUCCUCAAGUGCUGCUACGACGAGGAUGUCUUCGAGGAGGACGCGAUCUUCUUGUGGUCUGAGGACGCCCAGGGAAGGUCAGAGGAGAGCAAGGGUCUGGUAGAGGAAUGCAAGGCGCUGCUGGACUACCUGAAAGAGGACGAGGACGAGGACGAGGACGAGGACUAA